CAGUGAUCCUGGACUGCGAAGCAGAGGCAGAAACUGCAGGGAGAACAACAGCGUCUGCCUUAUCCACAAACUACAGCCUCAUCACAUGUAUCUGGAUUCUCAACCACUAAAAGCGAAGCACGCUGCAAGGAAGCUGGGUUGUAAAAAAGGACAGACAUGCAAAACGCCAACAACUCCAUUGUUCAGCCUGCAGGAUUUUACAUUGUUGCACUGAGUUCAAUGUCUUACAGUAAUAUCUAUGUCAUGUUCCUCACAGUGCUUUAUGUGAUCACAGUCAUAUGCAAUGUGUUUCUGAUCACCAUUAUUUUCUAUGAUCACCGUCUGCAUGUCCCAAAGUUCAUGGCUGUUGGUAAUCUAGCUGUGGUUGAUCUUGUUCUCAGCACCUCUCUUGUGCCGGGCAUGAUAAAGACUUACAUUGUUCUAGACAAUUUUGUGCCAUUCAAACUGUGCAUUGUACAAAUGUACACUUACUAUACUUUUUUAUCCCUAGAAUCACUUUGCUUAUGUAUUCUCUCUUAUGACAGGUUCAUUGCGAUCUGUUUCCCUUUAAGACAGGAGUCUAUAAACACAAACACCAGAAUGGCUUAUAUAAUUGGUGCAGUUUGGUUCUUUGUUUGUACUGUGGUACUCUACAGCACAUCCGUCUCAACCCUGACAUUUUGUGGCUCUCUCAAGGUCAACAGCUAUUUUUGUGAUUAUGCUCCUGUUUUAAGACUUGCUUGUAGCGAUGUGACAUCCCAGUGGAAUUUUGCCACUGCUUUGACUGUACUCUUUAAUGCUGUACCUUUAACUUUUAUUUUGUUGACCUAUGUGGGUAUACUGACUGCUGUAUUCAAAAUGAAAAAUAAUCAGAGUCGUUAUAAGGCGCUGGCCACGUGCACAGAACACCUCAUAAUAGUGGCUCUAUUCUUCAUUCCAAUUUUUAUUAUCUUCAAUCUUGGAUUUUUUGGAAUUAUUAUAAACUCAAAUGUAAGAACAGUGUGCUUGUCUUUGUCGUCCCUCCUCACACCCUGUGUGAAUCCCAUCCUCUACUCACUGAAAACUAAAGAGAUUCAAAAAAGGAUUUACUCUUUGUUAACCCAGAGACUGUCUGUUCAUCCUGUGAAAAAUUUGCAUUAA